AUGUCACCAUAUCGUGGCAUUCUCCCCCGUAACCGUGAUGUUUUCACCACGGGGCGUUCGCGCCUCCAUCCACGACGUCCAUGCUUUACCGCAUCGGGCCUCCUCGUCCAUCCCAGUAUAGCACACAACGCCGGCGGCUCCAUCAUGGGUCUGCGAGAGGGAAGACAUAAAGCACCCCCGUUCAAUUUCAAGAAGCGCGUCAAGGAACUUCCGAUCCUGCGAGGCACCUGCCAGGAUGCAGCGGGUCUCCUGGUCACCAAUCCCCAGCGUGCGCUGCAAUACCAUCAAGGGCGACAGUGGGAGGCCGCGGCAAGCGAAUCAGCCGGGUUCAAAGACAAAGGAACCCUCUACAAGUACCGCAAAGGGGGCCGCGGCGAAUAUAAGUCCGAGUGGCAUCUCGACGAGCAUUCGUGGAAUUGCAUCAUGGAUGACACCCAACAAGUUCCGGUGAUAAGCAUUCCGAGGGACACCCGUGCCGAUAUCGAGAGCAACCACUGGGGGGAACAGAUCAAGUUCACCCCGGACGACAGCCAAAUCCAACCUGAGAGAAUUGCUCUUGCCAAUCUUGAAUUUGAUAUACGGUGCAAAAACUUUGACCAGACUGGGGUUCGAUCCCAGGACCUUGUCGGUGUUAACGACACGUGA